UCCUUGAUACACCCCCAAUUUGGAUGUAACGUUAUCUUAUCUUAAAAAACUUGAGAUAUAACUCAUUUGAAUGUUUUAAUGUCUAGAAUGCUUCCACCCUCUGUGUGUUUCUCUGCCAGUAGCCGCUUUGGCACUAUGUAUGAUGGGGCUAUUAGGGGAGAGCACUUUUUACCUGUUUUAGGACUUUUAAAAAUCCCGAAUAACAUCCCUUGUUGUGACAUUAGUUACUUUUGCCUGGGUCAAAUCCUCUGACAAGUAGUUACGGUUGUUAUCAACAAAUUGCAGGGGAAACUUAACCAACCAAGGUUUUCUAACUUUAGUUAGCUUAUCGCAAUUUAAGCUAACUUCUAAGCAUGCUAAAAUGAAAAUGGCACAAAACUUUACUCUCUGUGGAAUUAAAUAUUAAGUUAGCAUGAGGGUAACAUUAACAGUUUUAGCCUAGCUACCUAGAUAAUACGAUUGAAUUGCCAUUUCGAGUUUAAAAAUCAAAAUUACUUCAAAUCGCUGAGGAAAUCUAGCUACAGUUAGUAUUUCAGUCUGGAAGUGAACUAACAGCGUUAGCUGAAGUUAGCGUUAGGCUAGCUAACACUAACUAAUGAAAUUGAUUUCAGAAUUAAAAUCGCUAUAUAUGAGCGUAAUCCUCUAUCAUGCUCUAGCUAGCUAAGUGUUGUAGUUAAAUGUACCGUUAUUGUAUUGUGUUACAAUACCGUAAAUCGCUGGGUUGAAUGCUAUUUCUCAGGAACCUUAUGCUAAACCCUUACAGCUGUCUGGAAACAAUAAUAGUAAUAAUAAUAAUAACCCUCGGCAUAUUGUUCAAGUGGUCUGAGAGAAAACUAGACUUCUGCACCUCCUCUUGGCUGUUUUUGGCUUUAGUUAAUCUGGCCUCUAACGGAAGAGUUUGGUCUUUGGCCAAUCACAGGUAAUUUCAGAGAGACAUCUUUAACUAUAAAUCAGAACAACCAGACAUCACAGCUGAAGCAGUUAUAAAUGUUUAUAUGCGACCCAGGCAAAAAUUAACUUCACACACUGGACGGUUCCAGAGGCUGCAAAGGAGGGAUUUUGCAGCACCAUCUCCCGGCCCGGCAGCCGCCUCUGCCUCUGGAAAGUUUUGGUCUGUCCUCUCUCCGUGGAUAACUUGCAAUGAUAAACCGUGGGCGUCUGCAGAGAAGGUGUACAGGGAACACCAGCCGGGGGUUUCCCACGUUUCCUAUGACCAAAAGCAGGCUGAGGACUCGGAAACUGACAGCUAUAUAACGUAACACAGGCACACAGACCCUCUUCCGACUUCUGGAAACAAGCUUCUCCGGACACCAGAGACUAACAUGCAAACUUUCAUGAUGGCAUACCUUAUAUUACUUUCUUUACCUUUUGUUUUCAGUACACGGGCGCGCAUAUUAGGAGCUGGUUAUGAAACGGUCAUCUCCAAUGAGCCAUACAAGGAGAGCCGGAAAGUUCUUACUACAAUGGGAGAAGAAUGUACGUUCCCAUUUCGUCAGGGUGGAAGGAUUCAUCAUCACUGCCUCACCAUCCUAUCCUCAAAACCAUGGUGCUCCCUCACACAUAAUUUUGAUCGGGACCGGCGGUGGGGCUUCUGUGCACCAGAGAACACUCAGCCAAAUGUUUUUAUCCAAACAUCACGUAGAAUCCUAGAUCCAUGUCGGCCAAAUCCAUGUCAGCAUGGAGGCAUCUGCAUGCUGAUCCCACAAAGACACUCGUUUGAGUGCUCCUGUCCUGAGAGCUUCACUGGGAGACUCUGUGAGCAGAAGAAGUGCUAUGAAACCGUACACCUGCGCCAUUAUGACAUCGGAGAGUCUUGGGGACGAAUUCACCUCCGUAAUGUGGAACAGUGCACAUGUGUGGCAGGGGAAAUCCUGUGUGAAAGAGUUCAAUACACAAUGUGCCGUUCAAACCCUUGUCAGAAUGACGGAACGUGUCGACUGAUCACAUCCACCGACAAGGAAGUGUGUAACUGCAGACAUGGCUACAGCGGCCCAUACUGUAGCUUAGAGCCAGAGACAGAGUGCUACAACAGCAGGGGCACAGGUUACAGAGGGCUUGUGGGCACCACGGUGUCCGGCGCCCGGUGUUUGCCGUGGAACUCAGACCUGCUGUAUGACGAGCUCCAUGUGGGCACGGUGGUUGCCUCGUCCCUCAGGGGCCUCGGGGAACAUGCCUACUGCAGAAACCCAGAUGAAGACAAGAUGCCGUGGUGCUACACACUAAAUGACGCCACCAUCUCCUGGGAGUACUGUGACGUCCCCUCCUGUGUUAUGGCUGUGUCUUCUUCACGAAGGAUUGUCCCAUUUAAUGGCCUGCCCAGCAUUACAAAAUCUCAGCACUCUAUGCCUCCCAAAAAGCCUGUGUGUGGAAAAAAGAACAAGAAAAGGUUACCGAUAUCCAGGGCGCGGAUAUUGGGCGGAGUCUCAGCUCUGCCAGGUAAUCACCCCUGGAUGGCAGCCAUUUACAUCGGACAGUCAGACUUUUGCGCCGGCACCAUGGUCUCCUCUUGCUGGAUUGUCUCUGCGGCUCACUGCUUCUUCCGCAACCCCCUGGAGUCUCAGCUUCGAGUGGUGCUCGGUCAGCAGAAAUUCAAUGUCACGGAUCACAACACCAGGACUUUCGGAGUGGAGAAGUACAUCUUUCCUAAACAGUUCUCAGUGUUUAAUCCAACACUACAUGACAUUGUUCUGAUCAAACUGGCGAAGCAGGACGGGAAGUGUGUGAAGAGAACCCCUUUCAUCAGACCCAUCUGUCUCCCAGACAAAAGCAUGACGUUCCCCGAUGGGUACUGCUGUACUAUUAGUGGCUGGGGACACAUGUAUGAGAAGGCACAGGGUUACUCUAGUCUGCAGGAGGCUGGAGUGAGGCUGAUUCCUCACGACACAUGUAGGAAGCCAAAUGUUUAUGGCAACCAUGUCACUGCUGACAUGGUUUGUGCGGGGCUCAACGGCUGUGUCGACGCCUGCCAGGGUGACUCUGGGGGCCCUCUGGCUUGUUCGAGGAAUGAUGUCAGCUUCCUGUAUGGGAUCAUCAGCUGGGGAGAGGGCUGCGGCCGCUCUCAAAAACCUGGUGUUUACACUAAAGUAGGGAACUAUAUCGAUUGGAUCAAUUCAGUGAUCGGACACAAACCCAAGGCUUCAUAAAUGGACAUUACCUGGACAUUAGUUUUUAAUAUAUGAAAUAUUGUACUAUAUUGUAUUUUGUUUUUAUGUGUAA